AUGGGCUCUAUCGGUGCUGGAUUUGACGUCUUCAAUGGCUUUUACAAUACCAUCAAUGGGAAAUUGACGACUACUGAAAAAACCAGACACGGCAUUAAUCCUGCAACUGGCAAGCCAAACCCAGAAGUCCCGGUCUCGACUCCUAAGGAUGUCGAUGAUGCCGUCGCGGCAGCCAAAGCGGCCUUCAAGACAUGGUCCAAAGUUCCUUAUGAGGAACGCAAACGGGCUGUUCUGGCUUUUGCGGAUGCUCUGGAGAAACAUGCCGAUAAUUUUGGAAAGAUGCUCACUCAAGAGCAAGGCAAGCCCCGCCAAUUCGCCGUCGGAGAAGCACACACUGGUGUACAUUGGAUGAGAGCGCUCUCCAAGAUUGAACUGAAGGAAGAGAUCAUUGAGGAAGAUGAGCAGAAACAAGUGAUUGUCCGCUACACACCUCUCGGAGUUACCGUUGGUAUUGUGCCCUGGAACUACCCCGUUCACCUUGCUUGCGGCAAGAUUGCGCCCUCAGUUCUGACCGGAAACCCAAUUAUUAUCAAACCAUCGCCAUUCACACCAUACUGCGAUUUGAAGCUAGUCGAACUGGCCCAACAAUUUUUCCCACCAGGAGUUGUUCAAGUGCUUAGCGGUGAUGACAACCUCGGACCAUGGCUCACAGCUCACCCUGGUCCGGACAAGAUCAGUUUCACCGGCUCAUCCGCGACCGGAAAGAAGGUGAUGGAAAGUGCUUCGAAAACUUUAAAGAGAGUGACUCUGGAAUUGGGUGGCAAGGAUCCUGCUAUCAUCUGCAAGAAUAUUGAUAUUGAGGCUGUUGCGCAAAAGAUUGCCACACUUGCUUUCCUCAACUCUGGUCAGAUCUGCUUGGCGAUUAAGCGUAUUUAUGUCCACGAAUCGAUCCAUGACAAGUUCCGAGACGCAAUGGUUGCUUUCACCAAGACACUCAAAGUAGGCGAUGGUAACGAGGAGGGAGUAUUCCUCGGACCCGUCCAGAACUCGAUGCAGUACGAAAGGGUCAAGACGUUCUUCUCUGACAUUGAGAAAGAGAAGUGGACUGUGGCUGCGGGUGGUAAGAACGAGGAUAAACCUGGAUAUUUCAUUACCCCAACCAUUAUCGACAAGCCAGACGAUGACUCGAGAAUCGCUGUCGAGGAACCAUUUGGGCCAAUCGUCCCUCUCAUGACCUGGACCGAUGAGGAGAAUGUUAUUGCGCGUGCAAACAACACCAAGAUGGGUCUCGGUGCCUCUGUGUGGUCUGACGAUUUGGAUGAAGCAACUCGAAUUGCCCGACAACUAGAUGCUGGAAGUGUCUGGGUCAACACCCACCUGGAGGUGGAUCCCAAUGCUCCCUUCGGUGGUCACAAGGAGAGUGGUAUUGGCUAUGAAUGGAGUAUCGGCGGUCUCCGGUCAUUCUGCAAUGUCCAGAGUUUGUUCCUCAAGAAGAAGACCUCUGCGUAA